AUGACCUCGUCACCUACCCAGGUGAAGGUCGUCUUCACAACCAACGAGGCAGACCUUCAACUGCCCGAGUCGAAGCAGCAGCUUCUUGUCCCCUCAGAUAUCAAGCGAUAUGGCCUCUCGCGAAUCCUCAACUCCGAGUCCAUGCUCGACACCUCGUCGCCGGUUCCCCUCGACUUCCUCGCCAACGGCACCUUCCUGCGAACGAGCAUCGAAGAGUACCUGUCCGUCAACGGGCUCUCGUCCGAAACGACGCUCACGCUGCAGUACGUGCGCAGUCUGCUACCGCCCGUCUACGAAGCGAGUUUCCAACACGACGAUUGGGUGAGCGGUGUCGAUGUCCUGUCCUUGACCUCACCAGCCGGCCGUCUUGCCGAGGGAGGAAACGUUUCCGACAGAGCCGCCACCGCGUCCUACGACGGCCUCGUCCGAGUCUGGACUCCUUCCGGCCAUGUGGUCGCGACCUCGUCCUCCGGCAGGGCCGGCGGCCACACCCAGCGCGUCAACGCCGUCCGCUGGGUGUCCCCAACACAGCUCGUGUCGGCCGGCCUCGACAGGAAGGUCGUCGUCUGGGACUACGACGAGGCCGCCGACGGCUCCUCGGCCACGCUGAAGCCCAACAUGGAGCUCUGGGGUCACGAGAAGCAAAUCAACAGCGUCGCCGUCAACGGCUCCACGAGACGCGUCCUCACCGCCUCGUCGGACGGCUCCGUCGGCUUGUGGACUUCCUCCAAGCGGACCGCACCCCAGGCCGAUCCCGAGAGCCUCCCCUCCGCCCACGGCGCCAAGCGAGCCAAGCUGUCGGCCGCCGCCGGCUCCACGGCCCAGCGCGGUCCUCUGGCCAUGAUGCCGCUGCACAGCGAGCCCGUGACGGCGGCCAUCUUCCACCCCAACGACGCGACCGUCGCGUACACGGCCUCGCAAGACCACACAUUCAAGACGAUUGACUUGACGACACAGAGGGAAGUGUCGAGAUUGACGACGAUGCAUCCCAUCAUGUGCGCCGCCGCGCUGCCCAACUCUCUCGUGGCGGCCGGCACCUCGGCUCGGCACAUCACCCUCCUCGACCCCCGAGAGUCGGCCGCGGCGACGGCAGCCAUGACCCUUCGUGGCCACGUCAACAUGGUCGUUUCGCUCGCGGCCUCGCCCGAAAACGAAUACUCGCUCGUGUCCGGGUCGCACGACAGCACGUGCCGCGUGUGGGAUCUGCGCAGCGUGCGCCCGGGCACGACGCAGGAGGGUGGCGGCUCCGUCAGCGAGCCCGUAUACAGCAUCGGCAGAGAGUGGUACAAGGGCAAGAAGCUUCCCCCGGCGGGCGACGGUGCCAAGGUGUUGAGCGUCGUCUGGGAUGAAACGUGGGGGAUUGUCAGUGGCGGCGAGGACAAAAAGGUUCAGAUCAACAGGGGGCGCGGCCUCCUAGCUACGUAA